AUGAAUGACAGUGUAGGUACUGUUGCGGCAUCGCCAGAUUGCUCAUCGUUUGUCGACAACACUUUUGGGCCUGUGGUGAAUACAUGUGCUCGCCAAUUUGAUUUCACGCUUCAUUUUGAGGAAACAAUAUUGUGUAUCCUGCCUUCGGCGAUAUUCCUGGCCCUAGCAUUUUCACGUAUCACAGUGUUGGUUGGCAGGCAGCGGCUAGUUGCAACUUCUUAUUUGAGAACAAUCAAAACUAUCAUCUUUGGAGUACUUCUAAUAUCAUGUACUACACUUGUAGCACUUUGGUCUUCAGCACAAUCAGCUUCACAACGCACACGGACUUCGAUCCCAGCCGCCAUUCUCAGCAUGGUUGAGUGUCUCGUAUUUAUAGCACUCUCGUUUCUGGAACACACAAAGUCUGUGGGUUCCCCCCUCCUACUGAAUUGUUACCUCGUCAUCUCCAUCUUGUUUGAUGCCGUGCGUUUAAGAACUCUGUGGCUAUAUCACGUGCGCCUAGCGAUUCCGAUCUUUUUCAGCAUUUGCGUGACAAUCAAAAUUGGCAUCCUCGUGCUUGAAGAGUUUAGUAAGCGUCGAUGGCUUCUUUCAAGCCAGCAAGCAUGGAGCCACGAGGUGACAGGCGGCAUUUUUAAUCGAACACUUUUCACGUGGCUCGACCGAAUGAUGUGGAAAGGCUAUUCAGGAGCUUUAGGAGUCGUGUCUUUGCCGGAUAUAGACGCAAAGCUUCUUUCCGAGCAACUUUGGGAGCGCAUAGGUCCUCAACUGGAGAAAAGUAAGUGUGAAAAUGAAGGUCACUCGUUUCUUUUGACGGUGUUCUGGGCGCUGAAGGCGCCUCUUCUGGCGCCUAUUUUCCCGUACCUGAUCUUGAUUGCCUCACAACUCGCCCAACCAUUCCUCAUCAGCACGAUCCUCAAUUAUGUAGGAUCUGACUACGAUGGUUCCAAUGAACAGAGAAAUACUGGAUAUGGACUUAUUGGGGCUUAUGGGCUUGUUUAUCUGUCCAUCGCUAUUGCGACUGCAUGGGGACAGCACUUAUCCUAUAGAUUUGUCGUCAUGCUGCGGGGGAUCUUAGUAACCUGUAUUUAUCGAAAAACCAUGGCCAAGAGCAUAACGAUUGUUGGAGAUGCAUCGGCUGUGACACUUAUGAGUGUGGACGUUGAGAGAAUUGUCCUUGGAAUGGUGAAACUGCACGAUGUCUGGUCUACAUUGAUUCAGGUUGCUUGCGCCAUGUACAUUCUUUACAGGCAGGUCGGGGUGGUGUUCAUAGCCCCAAUAAUUUUGUCGAUUGGGUUUGCAGGUUCUUUUCAGAUCACAUGGAUGACCGCACUCGAGAAGAGAAUAGCCAUCACGUCUUCACUGCUUGGUUCAAUCAAAGGUGUAAAAAUGCUCGGCUGGUCGCGAAAAGCAUCCGAACUUAUUCAACAAUUACGCCUUGCCGAGAUUGCCUCAGCACGCAGGUUCCGGCUAAUGCUUCUUGCUGUUGUUACUACUUCGUUCAUUCCCGUAACCCUGGCGCCCGUUGCUACCUUUGGCAUUUUUGCAGCCAGGUCUCAGACUGGGGUCGACUCGGCCCUUGGCUCAACUCGUAUUUUUACAACACUCUCUCUUCUCUCACUCAUUACGCAACCGCUUGACCUUCUCUUUGCUUACAUACCUGAGAUACUUGCAGCUGUGGCAUGCUUCUCACGCAUCCAGAACUACCUCUACCAGGAUAAGCUACUCAACACCAGUGGCCAUCACAAGUCAUCUGCGAUAAAGCCAUCGUCCUCCGGUGUAAAAUCUACUGGCUCAUCUACUGUAUCAGAAUCCGAUGAGAGAGACGAGAAAACCAUCGCCCCCAAAGUGGCUAUCAAGCUGGAAGGAGCCACGUUUGGUUGGGGUCAACAAGCGGAUUCGGUCCUGCAAUCUGUCAAUCUCACAUUCGGCACCGGCAAACUGACGAUGAUUACCGGUCCAAUUGCUUCUGGCAAGUCAACAUUGUUGAAGGGCAUAUUAAGAGAAACCCCAAUCUGCGAAGGUGUGGUCCAAUUAUCAUCUCACAGCAUUGCGUUUUGCGACCAGAACCCCUGGCUCGCGAAUGAGACUUUGCGGAAUAACAUCCUUGGGACUGGUCACUUUAACGCUUCCUGGUACGGUCAAGUUAUUAGAGCUUGCGCUCUUGAGGAAGAUAUCGCUAGAUUCUCUGAGGGCGACCAGAUUAUUGUUGGAAGCAAUGGGUUAAGUCUCAGUGGAGGCCAAAAACAACGGGUGGCUAUUGCUAGGGCAGUCUACUCUAAGCGUAGCAUUGCCUUGUUUGAUGACGUGUUUAGUGGUUUAGACAUGGAGACACAGGCACAUAUCAUACGUGAUGUUUUUGGCACCGAAGGUUUACUGAAAGCCAUGAACACAACAGUCGUCUUUGUGACCCAUGCUGCACAUCUUCUGGAUUACGCUGACUAUAUCGUUGUUCUUGACGUAAAGGGACAAGUCGUAAAGGAAGGCCCGCCCGAGAAGGUUAGUAAUGAGGACAUGGUUCUUUCUGAGAUCGAGGAUGCUAGUGCUGCAGAUGGGCAAGAUUCCAUGGAGUCAGCAGGCAAGGAGCACUCAAGCUCUGAGCCAGCGAAUCCAGAACCAUCUACAUCACAAAACUCGGUGGACGUUGAGACUCAAAGGCUUGGGGACAGGGCUGUCUACAAGUACUACUUCUCAACCUUUGGCUGGCCGAAAACCAUAGUCUUCUUCGCGCUCCAGAUAGUUCUGGUUUUCUGUCUCAAAUUUCCAGAAAUCAUUCUCUCGUGGUGGGGCGAAUCGAAUGACAAGGAUCCUCAGGUGGAGAACAGCAAAUGGCUGGGCAUAUUUGCUGCAUUGGAAGCUGGCGCGCUUAUCGCCUUGGUCUUGGUGUGCUGGCACGUUCUAUUGAACCUUGCGGUUAUUUCCGGUUCUAAGCUGCAUCACACGCUUCUCAAAUGUACAUUGAGGGCACCCUUAUCCUUUUUCGGUGUGACUGAUAUUGGCUCCAUCACCAACCGAUUCAGCCAGGACAUGAAUCUGGUUGACGCAGAACUGCCAUUCUCACUCAUAAACUUUGUGACUAAUGGAUUGACUUGUCUUGCACAAGCCUUUAUGAUCAUUCCAGCGUCAGCAUGGCUUCUUAUUGGCUAUCCUGUCUUGUUUGGAGUGCUUUGGCUUCUGCAACGAUUCUACCUAAGAACCUCGAGACAACUUCGUUUCUUAGACCUUGAUGCGAAGAGCCCCAUCUAUGCCCAAUUCCUGGAGACCUUGAGUGGUCUCGCAACAAUCAGGGCUUUCGGAUGGCAGGAAGACUUCACCCUCAAGGCCGACAAACGCCUAGAUUACUCACAAAAGCCGUUCUAUCUUCUUUAUAGUAUUCAGCGAUGGCUUAACUUGGUACUUGAUCUGAUUGUCGCAUGUCUGGCCGUCAUUUUGAUAGCCAUCGCCGUGGCCCUUAGGAAUUCCACGAGCGUUGGGUUUGCUGGUGUUGCAUUAUUCAACAUCAUGAACCUCAGCGCCGCGCUAAAAUCGGCAAUCACCAGUUGGACUACUCUCGAAACUUCGAUCGGAGCCGUCGCGCGCGUGAAGCGAUACGAGGAGUCGACGCCGGACGAAAAUCUAAUUGAUGAGGAUCAAGAACCGCCGCAGAUGUGGCCCACUUCCGGGACAAUCAUCUUCGACAAUGUCACAGCGUCGUACAAGGAUGACAGUGACCGAAAUGCGAUCACGAAUAUGUCAAUUCAGAUUAAAGACGGUGAAAAAAUAGGCAUUUGUGGCCGUAGUGGAAGUGGCAAAAGCUCCACGCUUCUGGCUCUGCUUCAUCUUAUCAAUCCCAAUGGGGCCAUAAUAGUUGAUGGUCUCGAUAUUUUGCGCAUCCCACGCGAGACAUUGCGAGAGAGAUUGACAGCAGUACCCCAAGAUCCAGUGUUCCUCGCAGGAACUGUUAGGUUGAACUGUGAUCCGUACAGCAAUUCGUCAGAUGAAAGCAUCACAGAAGCACUCCGCACGGUACAUUUGUGGGACGUCGUCGAGGCGAGGGGUGGACUCGAUACAGACCUCAACGAUGACUUCUUCUCAAAAGGUCAACAACAGUUGUUCAGUCUCGCCAGAGCAUUGUUGAACCACGGCAAGAUAAUAGUCAUGGAUGAAGCCUCUAGCAGCCUUGAUGCAGAAUCAGAGCGUCUCAUGAUGUCAAUUGUCAAGAGCAAAUUCAAAAAUGCGACGGUGCUGUCUGUAGCUCAUCGGCUGGAUACGAUCACCGAUUUUGACCGUGUUAUCGUGCUUGACAGCGGCAAGAUUAUCGAAGGGGGCCCCCCAAAGAUUUGCUUGCACGUCCUUCGGUUUUCAGAGCCUUGUAUGAGUCAUCACUGCACGUAUCGGAGAAAAAGGCUUGAUGGGAGGGAAGGUAGCUAUUGGAUCAACAACGACGCUAAGGGCUGGGGACAUGGAAAGCAGAUAAAACAUGACACUGUAAUAGGGAUUUCCUUAUCGAUAGACACGUAUAAGGCUCUCUCGGAAUUCAUAAUAGCAUGUGAUUCAUGUGUACAUUCAUUCGUUCCGCUUGUUGCAAUUGGCUGCCCGACAGCCCGGAACGGUGGAGCAUCGUUUCGAGGGUAUCCAUGUGGGCAGGCUUUUUGCGCGCUGCGACCAGGAUAG